AUGAAUCGUAAAGUUACGGCGUGCGGGUUUCUGUACGUGGCGCCGCCAAACCUCGACUUUUCAUUGCAAUCACAUUCGGCUAAGCGAUGGCAACGACGAUGGUUUACACUAUUCGAUUCCGGUGAGCUGACAUGGGCAUUGGAUAAUAAUCCGGACACCGUACCUCAACUGACCAUCGACAUGACUCGAUGUCAUCGCGUCUGCGAAGCGGAUUCCAUUACAGGGAAUUCACACUCAAUUCUAAUGGCCUUCAAGACAGAAGGCGAUUCUUCGCAGCCAUCGAUUGUCUACGUGAAGGCGGACACAACGGAUGAGAUUCGUUGGUGGCAAAAUAUGCUGAACGCAUACGCCAAGCAAAACACAAUACAGGUGCGACCUAGGCGACAAAUGACCGACGAGAAGUAUGAACCGAUAGCGGUGAUUUCUCCUGAGCCGGAUAUGGAGUUUUCGGCUUGUUCGUCACGAUGUUCAUCCCUGGAUCGACUGGAAGCGGAGCGAACGGCGCCAGUCACUGCAACCGUCGCCACUUCUGAAUCAAGAGACCUUACCUCCAUCGCUGGUGUAGCUGUCAAAGGCACUCACGGAACGCCACGCAGUGUCAAGCAGAGGCGAAUCGCCAAUUUCGAGCUCAUGUAUUUGUUUAGGGAGGAACCGUUGAGACGAUCAGAAUCGUCAACGCACUCGCAAACUCCGCCCACAACCACCAUUACGAACACAACCGCUACGGGCAGUUGUCCCACAAUUUCACGGACCGUACCGUCACCGCCUGCAUCGCGAAGUCGGCUAUCAUCCGCCUCCGUUGAUUCGAUCGCUCCGUCCGGCCCCCCUCAACAGAUCCAAGGCGAAGAGAAGAAAAAUCUGGACCAGGUGUAA